AUGGAUCAAGUUAAAGAAUCUUUGGAUUCUAUUAUGCAGAGAGCCCCUCAUCUUAUUACUACUGAAAAGAAAAAGAGAAUAGCUGCAACAUUUCAACAAUUACAAGAUGAAAAUAAAUCAUUAAAAGGUGAAAAGAAGAACCUAAACAAUAAAAUAAAUGAAGAGACUGACUUGUUGCAAGUAUUGAUGGAUCAAGCUCAAGGACUAAAGAAAAUAUUGGGUGAAAAGGAUGCAGAGAUUAGUCACCUAAAUCAAACUGUCAAAGAUAAUAUUGAAUCAAUAGAAGAACACAAAAAUGAAAUACAAGAAAAAAUAAAGGAAAUUGAAAAUAAGAAUCAAGAAAUGGAAGAAAAUAAAAUACAAGCAAUCGAAAGACAAGAGGUACUAAAGAAAGAGUUGGAACAAUUGAAAUUGGAUUGUAAACAAUUAAAUGUGGAAAUGGAGGAUUUGGAAGCACAGAUGGAACAAGAAAAGAGUAUUUCGAGUGGGUUGCGUGGAGAGUUGGAACGAUUGAUCGAGUCGAAUAAACAACAGACUGCUCAAUUGCAACAGAGUAUAGAUGAACAUCUUGAAACGAUCAAAUCACACGUGCAAUCGAUUCAAUCGUUGGAGAAUGUUGUCAAGGAAAAAGAAAUGUUGUUAGAGUCUAAACAACAGACUGUCGAUACGCAGUUGCAGACAAUCGAGCAGUUGGAGCAACAGACAACACAGUUGCAACAAAACAUUGAUUCGCAUCUCACGACAAUAGGGUCACACCUCUCGACAAUCGAGACGUUAGAGUUGACUGUCAAAAAUCACCAACACACUAUUGAAGAAAAGGAAAAGACGGCUGUCGAGCUUGGCAACACGGUCGGUCAGCUGCAAGAGGCUAUUAGCGAGUUGGAGCAGGCCAAGCAGUCACUCGACAACCAUUUGGAGCAAGUGUGCGAACAGAAAAAAGUGUUGGAGCAGAGCGUGCAGGAAUUGAACAGCAAGGUGACCGAGGUGGAAAAGGAGCGUGACGAGGAAAAGGUGCAGUUGGCCGAACUCGAGUCGCAGAUUCAGGGCAUGAACGAAGCCAUCAAGCAAGACGCUAGCACCAAGACAGAGAUUGAGCGAAAACUAGCAGACAUUACCAUCAAAUACGAAGAACUCAACAAGUUGGUGAUGCAAGAGCAGUCGACCAACGAACAACUCACCACCGACAAGGACCUGCUCAAAGCAGAGAACGAGUCGAUACAAUUGGACGUCGAAAACAUGUCGGCCGAGUUGGCCAACCGCGCAUCACAAAUCAACGAGUUGUCGCUGAUUCGUGCCAACUUGAACAUGGAAAUCGAGGGUGUACGAAGAUCGCAUAUCAAAGAGAUGGAAGAACUCACCGAACAACUCGCACAACUCCAACAAGAACAUGAACAAGCCAAGAACCAACUGGCACAAAAGACAGUGGAUCUAGAGACUGCUGACAAGGACAAACAAGCCUUGGAAGCAAAGAUUGAUACAUUGUCGACUGCUGCACAAGAGACACAUGUCGAACAGGAAAAGCAAAAGUUGACAGUCUUGCAAUUGGAAUCUAAUCUGCGUGAAAAGACAAGUGAAUGUCUUUUACUCAACCGUACACAACAAGAACUCGAGUACUUGAAAGAAACUUUGCGCGAGGAGAACAAGUCUAUUAGAGACAUGAUCUCGUCGGGUAAUGCCGGAUUGGAUGAACGUCUUGCUGAAAAGGACGAGCUUCAAAAGAGAAUACAUAGUCUUGACUUGCAGUUGAUGGAAAAGAACAACUCCUUGGAAGACGUUCAAAAGGAGGUGAGAUCACGCGACGACAAGAUUGUGCAGCUCAAUAUUGAGAUGGAGGAGUUGCGUAGCACACUCGCCAUCGAGAAGAAGCACAACCAAGAAGAGCUGGACAAGAACAAGCAAGAGCGCGACUAUAUCAGCAAGCGUCAUUUGGAGGAACAAGUCGACAAGGAGCAGGCAACCGAGAUGGUCGUCACCGACCUCAAGAACAUCAUCGACCGCAUCAACAGCGACAAGGAUCUCAUGGAAAAAGAGUUGGGAACCUUUGCCCAACGUCUCUCUGAACAAAGCGAAAAGGUGCACGAGGUAGAACAAAAGAACAUCGAGCUUCAAAAAGAAAUUGAUGCUAUUGUGCAGACCCGAGACAACCUCAUCCGCGAGCUCGACGAGCAACAGACCAAAAACUCAAUCGCCGACGGCGCCAGUCGUGUCUAUGAAGACCGUCUUGCAGAGGUCCGUUCCACCUACGACACUGAAAUGCAAAACUUCCAAAAGCAACUCAAAGACGAGCGCCAAGCAUGGGAAGCACGUCGUUGGGAGACAGUCGCCGAACUCGAGCAAGAAAAGAACAAGACUAAAAAGGUGCAAGAGGAGUUGCUCGAAGAGAGACGUCGUCUUGGAGUCGUCUCAAAGACGGUUGGCAAGUUCUUGGACGAAGAAGAAGCCGCCAAUGAAAACAUCACACCCGAGUCAUUCUAUGCCAUGUUGGAAGCUGCACGCAAAGAGUUGUUGGAAGGAUUCCAUCACCGCAAGAGUUACUAUGACGAUGAGGAUCUCCUCUCCCAAUUGCAUAUGGAACGUGAAGCACGUAGAUUGGCCGAGACGCAGGUCGAACAUUUUGCUGUACUUUUAGAAAAGAAGAGAUUAGAAUUGAUGUCUCUGAAACCACCCGAAAGAAAUGGAUCACAGUCUAGUGGUGAAAGAGGAGGAGGUUCAUUUUCAUUUAUUUCAAAUUUAACAAAAACAUUUAAAGAUUAUAAUAGUGGUGGUAAUGAAGAUGGCGCAAACAAGAAUUUCUUAAAAAGAACUUUUACUGGACCUAUAAAGAAAUAA